AUGUCAUCAUGGAACUUCGUUAGCGAAGAUAACAUACGCGGCAGAAAUCAAAAGGGAGGCGCGCUAUGGGCACGUGUCCAUCAACUAUAUCAUGAACAUCAAGCAGAAAAGCCAGAUGAGCUAAGUGAAAGAAACAUCCAAUCUCUGAAAGGUCGUUGGAAACGACUGAAUGAAAACGCAAACAAAUGGGUGGCUGCUUACCAGGAAGCAUGUUCUCGGAGAAGGAGCGGAAUGAACAAGAAUGAUGUUGAAAAGGAAGCUCAAACAAUUUACGAAGCAGGCGGUAGCAAGUUUAUGGACUUGACCGUGUUCAAUGAAGUUAUGUGUAAACAUCCAAAGUGGGCGUUAACAUCAUACCAUGAUAGAACACAUUUUCGUCCUGAAAAUGAAAAAUGUGAUGAUGAAGAAAGCCGUGGAAGCUCCAAAAGAUCAAAGACUUCUGAAGAUGUGGAGCAUUCGAUGCCUUCCAGUGCAGAAACUCCAUCUACUGGAAAUUCUAACAUUUCCCGUCCUAUUGGCAGAGAUAAGGCAAAGAAGAAAGGAAAAGGUAAAAUUUCCCAAUCUGAUUUUGCUAAUGAAUUUACUGUAGAACUUCGUGCAUUGAGACUCUCUAGGGACAAUGAAGCGGAGUUAAUGAAGAAUGUGUCUAAUGCUAAAAUAGAAUUGGAGCGUGAAAAGAUACAUGCCGGGAAUAUAAAAAUGCAUCAACGAACGCUUAAUACAUUGUUGGCAAAAUCUCAUUUAUCUGCAGACGAAGAGGAGCUCAAGCGCCGACCAAUGGAAAUUGUAUUUGGCUCAUGA